CUAGAUUGCAUGCAGGUGGGAAUAAAUUCCAUUGAAGCAAAUCACUUUCCGUGUCUCUACACUGCAAGUGUCCACCAGCAAAGUAAACUACGUUUGUCGAUUUACAAUUCAAGUUCUUUAUCUUAACUGAGAUUGUACAGGAUAAAAGACUAGGAUACUGUUCUGAUUUUGCUUAUCAGACCAAACACCGUCUGAAUUGUCGCCUGUUAAAAUAUGGCGCACUUUCAAUUUGAGUCCACCAUAAAUGACCUGGUCAAGUUAGACGCACCGAUGUUAAGAUGUCCUGCGCCCCGAUGGCAACGGAAAGCAAUGGAUAAAGAUGACCCUAACCAUCUAGCCCUGUCACCACUCCGAUUGUCUAAACUAAAAACACCAAAGACGACAUCUCGACGGUGCAGUUACAAAAACAACUUCACUCCAAACAAAACUCCUAAGAAGACGCCGAUGAGAUCUCAGGGGAAAGCUAAGCCCCUAGCUGGAAAAUCGAAGACUCCAGCCCAUGGAGUAAAUUACCAAGGAGAUCGAUUUAUUCCGAAUCGUUCAGAAAUUAACAUGGCUGUGAGUAAUUUUAAGUUGACUGCUGGUUCGAAUAGUCAAAAUUCAAGUGGUCCAGAAAGCCAGGCAAGUGGAGAUGAAGACCAGCAACAGCAGAACAAAAAAUACUCAUCGACUAUGGCACACUUGCUUAAUGACAACACGGUACAAGAAUCAAAAAUCCUUAAAUUUAAGAAAAACGCCCCAAGAGUUCCAGAAGGGUUUUCCAACAAUUUGAAAGUGUUGUACACAUCGAACUGCGGUAGCACAACCAAAUGUAAAAGUUACCGACAAAUACCACAGAAUGCAGACAGAAUCAUGGACGCACCGCAACUUCGAGACGAUUAUUAUCUCACUUUGAUGGACUGGGGAUUGAAGAAUUUGAUAGCCGUUGGUUUAGACAACGAAGUGUAUCUAUGGAACGCAAACAAUGGCGAAAUAACUCAUCUUCUGCAAAUGGAAAAUCCAGACGAAUACGUGUCGUGCGUGUCGUGGAUAGCCGAAGGAAAUGUUUUGGCCGUUAGCAACUCACUCGGACAAGUGCAGUUAUGGGACGUCGAAAAAGAAAAAUGCCUACGAACAAUGAGUGGUCACGCAGCAAGAGUUGGUUCGCUCUCAUGGAACUCAUUUCUUCUGUCCAGUGGCUCACGGAGCGGCGCAAUACACCAGCAUGAUGUGAGAAUCGCGGACCACCGAAUUGCUACUCUGAAUAACCACACGCAAGAGGUAUGCGGACUGCAGUGGAGUCACGACGGCAAGUAUCUGGCCAGUGGGGGCAACGACAAUCUAUUGAAUAUCUGGGGUGGUGGGUUAGGGAACGACACCACUCCUAUCCAUAGCUUCACUCAACAUCAAGCUGCAGUUAAGGCAUUGGCUUGGUGUCCAUGGCAACCAUACUUACUUGCUAGUGGUGGUGGUACGGCAGACAGACACAUUCGGUUUUGGAACUGCAACACAGGGUCUUCUCUUAAUAAUGUUGAUACAAACUCUCAAGUGUCAGCUCUGCUCUGGUCCCAUGAACACCGGGAGCUGAUUUCAAGUCAUGGAUACUCACAGUUUCAACUUACAAUCUGGAAAUAUCCCACCAUGGCUAAAGUUACAGAACUUAAAGGUCACACAAACCGGAUAUUAUCCAUGUGUCUUUCACCUGAUGGUACAAAGGUCAUGUCUGCUGCAGCUGACGAGACUCUGCGCUUGUGGCGAACCUUCGAGGGUUUAGAGAAACAGAAGAAAACAACUUCCAAAAACAAGCAUGACAUGCGAAGCAGCAUAAUUACCAAAGGGAUUAGAUAGGAAUGCUACUGUUUUCAAAGAUGUCCACUUGAUGAAAACGCGUAUUAGAAAAACAGUAAAGAGUUGCCAGGAAAUGACCUAGCAAUGAAAUUACGCGCAGUGCGUUUAGAAGCAAUGCCGUUUUGAUUUUUGUUAAUGCAAGUUUUAACAUACAGUGAUAAAAAUGAAUAAUAAACUGAUACUCAUCAAUGUAAUGAUAGAUUUAAAAUACUGCUUUUAACUAGACCAAAUAUUUUUAUUAUUACUAUUGUGAUUAUAGGCCUACUACGAAUAACAUUUGUUAUUUUAAAGUAUAGAUUUCAACAUUAAAUAUAUAUAUUUUUUAAUUUUUAUUCAUGUAUUACUGUUUGUGUUUUAUAAUUAGGUAUUAAAAUAUCAGAAACAUUUUAGUGACUGUUUUUGAA